AUAAAUCUAGAUACGUAUGUAAAUAAAGAAAGUCGAACAAUUUUAAGCUGAAACAAAAUUGGUUGAGUUACUUAUCUUAUCUUAACUUUUCCUUUUAUUCCUUUUAACAGUUGGAACAACUACACCACGGUGUCUUGUGACAGAAGGAAUGGCAAGUCCAACAGUUAUACCAGCUGCAUACCUUGAACAACCAUCUGGAUUCCCAUCGACAGAUGAUCCAGAGAAUCUGAGACCAGGUGGUGAUCAAUUUACAAUUAACCCAUCGGAUGCUCCUACCAACGUCACAUUUAAACUUACUGAUGAUGUUGAGCCCGUUGAUCUGUCAGAAGUAAAACUUCCUGCCAAUGACAAUGUGCAAACAUUUAGAGUAUUUGGACGAACGGGACCUUCAGCACCAUGGACACUACUUGAAUCUACUGAUAAUGAUACCACUGAUGAUUCUCUUAAAUUCCCACCUGAAGUCGUUGUCACAGAGAUUAUGGUCGAAAUAACACCAACGGAUUCGGACAAACCAGUGACGAUUGAUGUUAGUGUGCACGCCUGUUUUGUAGUUACAACUGGCACAGAAGGAACAUCACCAACAGCACCCGAAACUUCGCCAACUGCACCCGGAACUUCGCCAACUGCGCCGGAACCACCAGGAACUUCCCCAACUGCACCCGGAACUUCCCCAACUGGACCCGGAACUUCACCGACUGCGCCUGGAACUUCUCCCACAGUUGGAACAAAAACACCACGAUUUUGUGCCGAGGUUAAAGGUAUGGAGGACCCUGCUAUUAUACCCGCUUCCAGUAUAACAGCACCGGGCGUUUCCAAUCCCGAAAACCUUAGACCAGGAAGUGCAACCACAGCUACUUUCCCUGCCCAAUCUUCACCAAUUAGUGUAACAAUCGAUUUGGCACCCAUCACUGAUGAAACGGUAGAAAUUAAAUCAGUGGAACUUGUAUCACCACAGAAUGUAGGAUCUAUCAGGGUAUUUGUAAUUGCAACUGGUGGUUCAGAAACAGAAGCAACUUAUUUGACUGCAACUGAUUUAUCAGCACCCAUUCCUAAAGCUACCUUCCCUGCUGGUACGGAAGCUGCACAAAUCAGAGUCGAAGUAACCCAAACCAAUAACGAUUCCGAAACAAGUUUCUCUCUUGAUGUUAGAGCAUGUUUCGAAGAAACAAGUGUGUCCGGCACAUCACCCACUGAAGCAGGAACAUCACCCACUGAAGCAGGAACAUCUCCUACAGAUAAAUCUAGAUACUUGGAACAACUACACCACGGUGUCUUGUGA